GUUGAGACGAAGGCGCGUAUAGGAACCGGCGACGUCGCGGAGAGCUCGUCCCCUCCACCGUGCCCACGAAUCAUUCCAUUCCCAUGCCUCCCACGCCUCCAUAAUACUACCGCACCGCCACCCCCCCAAGCUGCCAUCGCCCACACCACAAGCACUCAAUUUCCACUCCACUCCACUCAAUUUGCGCAGGGAUUCCACACUCCGCGAGGUGAGGCAAGAAGAUACAUGAAGGUGCUGUGCAGCGCGUGCGAGGCGGCGGAGGCGUGCGUCCUCUGCUGCGCCGACGAGGCCGCCCUGUGCGACCGCUGCGACCGCGACGUCCACGCCGCCAACCGCCUCGCCGGCAAGCACCAGCGCCUCCCGCUCCUCUCCCCCGGCAGCGCCAGCGCCGACCCGGCGCCCCCGGCCUCGCCGCCCAAGUGCGACAUAUGCCAGGAAUGCCACGCCUACUUCUUCUGCCUGGAGGACCGGGCGCUGCUCUGCCGGGGCUGCGACGUCGCCGUGCACACGGCCAACGCCUUCGUGUCCACGCACCGCCGCUUCCUCCUCACCGGCGUCCAGGUCAGCCUGGACGAGCAGGAGGACGACUGCUUACCCGAUCCACCGGAGCCGUCCCCCGCUCCCGCCCCUCCUCCGCCGGCGCCAGCGGCCAAGCGGGACCAGGCCUCUCUCUACGGAGAGGGCGACUUCAGCUGGGCCGCCGCUACGGCGGACGCCAACGAGAGCCUCCCGGACUGGUCCAUCGUCAAUGAGCAGUUCGGCUCCCCUGCGCCGCGGCACGCGGAGGCGGCGUCGGCGUCGGCGGCCGCAAGCCGGACACCCCCGAAGCGCGCGCCGGCCUUCAGCGGGCAGGGCGGCAUGAUGGACUGGCCCCUCGGCGAGUUCUUCGGCGGCUUCAGCAAUUUCAACGCCGGCUUCGGCUUCGGCUUCGGCGAGAGCGGAACGUCCAAGGCUGACAGCGGGAAGCAGGGAGGCAGCACGGGCGGCUCGCCGUACUACGUGUCCUCAUCGGACGACCGGAACGCGGACGAGCUCUUCGGACAGGUGCCGGAGAUGCAGCGGUCCGCGGCGGAGCUCCCUUCCCCGCCGACGGCAUCGGGUCUCCACUGGCAGAGGCGUCCGGCCGAUUACGGCGCCUUCGUUCCGGACAUCAGCUCCCCGGACAGCUCCCUCCGCUACUGCUUCCCGGCGGACCAGACGGCCGUAAAACGCCGGAGGAAAUGCUAGCGGUUUGAGUUGGAGCAGAUAAAUCUUGGGGAAAACGAUGUGGUUGUUGUACUAGUCUUUGCUGGGAGCUAGUAGUAGCUUGCAGGACACUGACAUGAUUGUGUUGCCAUUUACUCUGUUUUUAGAAGAAGAAAAUCGUGUGGUCACUUGUGGGCUUUCAUGGCGAUGAUCGUAUCGAAGCAAGGGGAAGAAGUAAACUGUAAUCAGUGGCACUAGGAGCCAUGAUUUGGAACGCAGGAAUUUCGUAGCAUUUGGGUGGAAAUUGCGCGAUUUGGUUCGAAUUUCGUAGAAUUUCGAAGCCUUGGAUCGAUAGAUUUAGAUAGCUUUUCUCUGGCUCUCGUACAUUUUGUAACCGCUUUUAUUAAUAUAUUGCAGUAGGCUCCGUAUGUUCUUCAAAAAAAAAAA